AUGAAGAAGUUAGAUGUUAAGCAAAGUGGGCCGUACAAGGUAGUACGGCAGGUAGGUUCUCAUGCUUGUAAAUUGCAAUUACCAGGAACGAUGGCAGGUAUCCAUGAUGUAUUCCAUGUCUCCUUGCUCCGUCCUUAUCACCCUCCAAUAUUUCCUGGUCAGCAAGCUGAGCCACCUGGGCCAGUAGAAGUAGACAAUGUGGGAGAGUCUUGGGAGGUAAAGGAUAUUGUGGACUCUAGAGUAAAUAAGAGGUCAGGAAAGUUAGAGUACUUGGUGGAGUGGUUAGGUUACGAAGGAACAGACGAUUCAGUAUCAUGGGAACCAGUGGAGAACGUCGAUGGAGCUGAUGACAUAUUGGCGAAGUUCCACGAACUUCACCCUACUAAGCCGAAGGAAGGGCGACUGCGAAGGGCUAGGAGAUAG